GGGCUGUAGCUGAAAGAUCUGAAGACUCACAAGUGAGGGAGGGGUGGGCCUAGACGUGGGAGGAGGGAUUGACAGCGGAGCUAAGAAGGAGACAGAGACGCGGGAGGGGGCAAGGAAGUGUCUUAGCUGAGUCUGGGGCCAGACUGGAGAGGACAGGGCGAAGCCUGCAGGGGAAAGGCAUUCUCUCAGAGCUGAGAGUCCAGACACGGCAUCUCCUACAUGCUGGCAAGGGCUCUGAGCAGCCUCAAACCUUCUUGGCCUCUGAGGCUCAAGCCCAAAGCUGAGGGCACUUGCUGAGUUGGUGACAUAGUCACCGAGCUGGUGUCCCUGGGACUCUGUCCACCUCUCCUCCAUUUCCCAGCAUGGAAGACGAUUUUGACAACUACUAUGGGGCAGAUAACCAGUCUGAGUGUGAUUAUGCAGACUGGAGGUCCUCAGGGGCCCUCAUUCCUGCCAUCUAUAUGCUGGUCUUCCUCCUGGGCACCACGGGCAAUGGCCUGGUGCUCUGGACUGUGUUUCGGAGCAGCCGGGAGAAGAGGCGCUCGGCAGACAUCUUCAUUGCCAGCCUGGCGGUGGCUGACCUGACCUUCGUGGUGACGCUGCCCUUGUGGGCCACCUACACCUACCGGGAGUACGACUGGCCCUUCGGUGCCUUUUCCUGCAAGCUUAGCAGCUACCUCAUCUUCGUCAACAUGUACGCCAGCGUCUUUUGCCUCACGGGCCUUAGCUUCGACCGUUACCUGGCCAUUGUGAGGCCCGUGGCCAAUGCUCGGCUGAGGCUGCGGGUCAGCGGGGCGGUGGCCACGGCGGUCCUGUGGGUGCUGGCUGCCCUCCUGGCAGUGCCCGUCAUGGUGCUGCGCACGACUGGCAACCUGGAGAACAACACCAAGGUGCAGUGCUACAUGGACUACUCCCUGGUGUCCACCGCGAGCUCCGAGUGGGCCUGGGAGGUGGGCCUGGGCGUGUCGUCCACCACCGUGGGCUUCGUGGUGCCCUUCACCGUCAUGCUGACCUGCUACUUCUUCAUCGCGCAAACCAUCGCCAGCCACUUCCGCAAGGAGCGCUCCGAGGGCCUGAGGAAGCGGCGCCGGCUGCUCAGCAUCAUCGUGGUGCUCGUGGUGACCUUCGCCUUGUGCUGGAUGCCCUACCACCUGGUGAAGACGCUCUACAUGCUGGGCAGCCUGCUGCACUGGCCCUGCGACUUUGACCUCUUCCUCAUAAACGUCUUCCCCUACUGCACCUGCAUCAGCUACGUCAACAGCUGCCUCAACCCCUUCCUCUACGCCUUCUUCGACCCGCGCUUCCGCCAGGCCUGCUCCUCGGUGCUCUGCUGCGGCCGGAGCCGCUGUGCGGCCGCCGCGCCCGGCAGCGGCGAGAAGUCGGCCAGUUACUCGUCGGGCCACAGCCAGGGGCCUGGCCCCAACGUGGGCAAGGGAGGAGAGCAAAUGCACGAGAAGUCCAUCCCCUAUAGCCAAGAGACCCUUGUGGUUGACUAGGGCUGGCACCGGCGCGACCUGCGGCUGUCUCCUAGCUCUGAGAAGCGGUGUCAUGGCUGCACCUUCUGCGUUGCAUUCCCACCCUUUCCCCGCGCUCUGACUCCCAGCCCCUCCUCAGCCUCCGCUUACUCUUUAUUCUUUCUCAGAAGACUGUGGCUUCCCAGGAAGCGAUUGAGCUCUGCAGGCAGACCUGUGCUCAGCCACUCACUACCUGUGAGUCUAGCCCUGCCUAAGUCUCUUAGGGGGAAGUCAUAUGCACCCUAAACUGCUGAAGCAUUUGUUUUCCUCCACCCUCUUCUUAGUUCUCUACCCUUCUUUUCUCUCUCUUCUUUACUUUCCCUUUUCCCUCUGCCUCUGAAAUGUUUACUGUUAAUCUCCACCUUCUGGCUUCAGCGGGUCCCCUUUCCCAGUCUCUCCUCCAUCCCCAUUUACCUCCGGUUUUGCAGGGCUUCCAGGGGUUAAGAAUUCUCAAGCUUGACAGACUAACCCUGUCGAGCUCUUAUCCUGUUUUCGGAGAGGCAGGAGGAGUGAGUUGGG